AUCUCUUGGUAGUCAAUUGCUAUACAUAUUUAAAAUGGUGUUAGGUAGACUUUUCUUAGGAAUCGUGUUGUGUGUAGUGGUGGCUUCCGAUGGCGAUGUGUGGCCACCAUUUUCAAUCUACCAAACUAUCGAAUGGAUAAAAUCAGAUGGCUACGAACCAGAGACCCACCAUGUGACCACACCCGACGGCUAUAUCCUGGAGAUGCACAGGAUACCUUAUGGCAGAGAUGGAAAGGAUGCUUCAGACAAUAGACCGGUGGUCUUUGUUAUGCAUGGUCUGAUGGGUGCUUCGCAGGCAUUCAUACUAAUGGGACCUGAAAACAGUUUUGCAUAUAACUUAGCAGAUGCAGGCUUUGACGUCUGGAUGGGCAAUGCCCGAGGCAACAAGAACUCCCGGUUCCACGUGUCCUUAGACCCUGACGAUGAAGAGGAGAAGUUCCAAUUCUUCGAUUUCAGCUUCGAAGAGAUCGGCAUGUACGAUUUGACAUCUAUGAUCGACUAUGUUCUGCAAUACACCAGGAGGGACAAGCUACAUUAUAUUGGACAUUCUCAGGGUGGUACAGUAUUCCUAGUAAUGGCGACCAUGCGACCGGAGUACAAUGAGAAGCUGAUAUCCACCCACCUCCUGGCAGGAGUUGGCUACCAACACUACUUCCCUGAUACACAGUUGAGCAGGAUGGCUUUGAUGACUGAUAUUAUUUAUUCUCAAGCCUUACGCAGUGGUAUAGUGGAACUGUUUCCUCCAGAUUCCGUAGACAUGAUACCAGGAGGUAUAUUUCCCACACGAGAGUUAUCAUCAGAUGCCAGAUGUGUUGGCAGCGUGGAGUACAGCUACAUGUGCGAACUCUUCGGUGUUAGAAGUAUUAUGAGGAACAAUCCAAACGACCAAGCUGGGGCAGCUCUAAAACAAAUCGCUCACUACGGCCAAAACAUUAGAGACAAGAAGUUCCGUAGAUUCCACCAGGGCAGACAAGCGAAUCAAGCAGCUUACAAUGACACAACACCACCGAUAUAUGACUUGAGUCUGAUCACAUCUCCAGUCACCAUGCAUUAUUCUCUAAGUGAUGACUUGCUAGAUGAAAGAGAUGUCCUAGCUAUGGUAGCUGAUAUGCCAAAUGCGAUAGCACGAAAAGUAGCAAGGGAUAGCUUUCUACACUCAGAUUAUGUCAUCGCUUUGGAUGCUAAAGAGCUCGUUACGGAUUAUAUUAUUGAAGAUAUUAUUAGGGCUGACCUCGCAGCGAGACCCGUUGAAGAAACCGUUGUUACCUCUGCACCAGUUAUAGACAACACAACCCAAGUUACUGGUGCAGCAGCCACCAUAGUACUUAAUGUACAUUUGAUCGUCCUUAGCCUAUAUGUUAUGUUUAAGUAAUAGAAUUAAGAGGAAAUGGUACUGUAAAUAUUAGGUUAUGGUAAUGAUAAUAAACGGACUUGAUUACAUACUAAAAUAUGAGGCGCAUUUAUUAAACUACUUGCAAAUUCAGAUAGCGUUA